AUGACAUACGAACAGCUAAAAAGAAGAGUCAUGUAUCUCGAGGGAGAAAUUCAUAAAAUGGAGGGAGAACUAGAAGCAUCGGAUCUCAGUAGUAGAAUGUGGUGGACAGAUGUAGAAAAUUAUUAUAAAGGCAUGAAGAACGAUUCUGAGGAGUUUCAGAAGAAAGUUGAUCAGAGACAAGUGCGGUUUAGAAAUGCAUUUAGAAAAGCUCAGGAUCAGAAAAGAAUUGCUAGGGAAUAUUGA